CACUGGGCACCCGCAGCCUCCUCCGCCUCUGGAGCGAAGCUUUCCGGGGUUGUUUUCCCCAGAGUUAAACGAGCUAUGAGCGAACGCUGUCCGCACUCACCCGAACAAACUGAGCUUUCGCUACGCCCAAUAGCGCUGCUCCCGCAACGCGUUAGAAAUCUGAAACGAUGGGUGACUGGAGCUUUCUGGGGAGGCUGCUAGAGAAUGCACAGGAGCACUCCACGGUUAUCGGCAAGGUUUGGCUGACAGUACUGUUUAUCUUCAGGAUACUGGUGCUGGGGGCCGCUGCUGAGGAAGUCUGGGGAGACGAGCAGUCAGACUUUACAUGCAACACUCAGCAACCUGGUUGCGAAAAUGUUUGCUAUGACAAAGCCUUCCCCAUUUCUCAUAUCCGCUUCUGGGUGCUGCAGAUCAUUUUUGUCUCCACUCCAACCCUCAUCUACCUGGGCCACGUGCUGCACAUUGUACGCAUGGAGGAGAAGAGGAAAGAGAAAGAAGAAGAGCUGAAAAAGAGGGGAAGUGUCAAAGACAACAACUACCCAGGAGCAGCAACGUCUGGCGGUGGUGGCGGAGGUGGCAAUAACUUCAAGGAUCCUCCUAUCAAAAUGGGAAAGGAGAAGCUCCCGAUCCGUGAUGAGCGUGGUAGAAUCCGUAUGGGAGGUGCUCUGCUCCGUACCUACAUCUUCAACAUCAUUUUCAAGACACUGUUUGAGGUAGGCUUCAUUGUGGGCCAGUACUUCCUUUAUGGCUUUGAACUAAAGCCAGUCUACCAGUGCAGCCGUCCGCCUUGCCCACACACUGUGGACUGCUUCAUCUCGCGGCCCACUGAGAAGACCAUCUUCAUCAUCUUCAUGUUGGUGGUGGCCUCUGUCUCCCUGCUGCUGAACAUGCUUGAGAUAUAUCACUUGGGGUGGAAGAAGCUUAAGCAGGGCAUGACAAGCCAGUACAGCCUUGAGAUGCCUGUUACAACACUGACACCUGUCAUGGUAACAGGGGUACCCAAACCAGUUUCCUUGCCACCGCCAGCACCACCCGUGGUGGUAACGACCACCUCACCUGCUCCUGUUCUGCCUGACACGCGCGCUGUCACACCGCUGCUGGCUCCGGUGACCAUGGCACCCUACUACGCUGCAGCUGCUCCUAGGGCACGACCCCCCUCCAACACUGCCUCCAUGGCAAGCUACCCUGUUGCUCCACCAGUUCCAGAGAACAGGCACCGUGCUGUCACCCCUACACCUGUCUCCACUCCUGUCACCAUCCCAACCCCCAUCCCCACACCCACACCAGCCAUCAUCAACUACUUCAACAACAAAGGUGAUGCCCUGGCAGCUGAGCAGAAUUGGGUCAAUAUGGCAUCUGAGCAGCAAGGCAAGGCACCUUCCAGCUCGGCGGGUUCCUCCACUCCUAGCAGUGUCCGGCAUCCCCUUCCAGAGCAGGAAGAGCCACUGGAGCAGCUUCUCCCACCCUCAGGAGGGCCGCCCAUCACCACAGCCAGCAGUGGCAGCAGCACCAGCUUGAGUGGAGCAAGUGGCAGCAAGUGGGAUGUGGAGGGUGAGGAGGAGCUGGCGGAGGAACGGCCCAUCUCGGCCACCUGCACCACUGUGGAGAUGCAUGAGCCACCGUUGCUUGUAGACACACGGCGUCUGAGCAGGGCCAGUAAGUCGAGCAGCAGCAGAGCUAGGUCAGAUGACCUGGCCGUGUAGCGUGAUCACUGCUGUGCAGCGGAGCAGGCGGCUGAAGGCAGAGUGGGCAGGGGAGCUUCCCCCAGGGAGGCCAGGCAUGGCACGGGUGGGAAGGCCUGGGUUUCAAACUUUGAUGCUUGCUGUUUUUGCACUCUGUGAGUUGUAGUGGGGAAAAAUAGCAACGUUUUCUAAUAGGUCAGGGGUGGCUGAAGCGCAGCCCGUGGGCCAGGGGACCAAUCCUGCUCUCUUUAAUGUCCGUGGCAGAUCUCCCAAGGGCAGCCGUAGUGGAGGCCUGCAGAGGUAUCAGGUGGUGAUGGUAGCUGGUCAUGUGCCCUGAGGCUGACUUUCAUUUGAGCAAAAUGUUCCUAUCCUUAUUGCCCAUGUGCCUGCCCAUCAUCUCCUUCAUGCCCUUGUCUUCACUUCCAGCCUUUUCACAUAAGCUCUAUGUGAGCAGAUGCUAUGACUUAUUUUCUUCCUUUUAAAUCCUAUGAUGUAGCCCAGUGGCAAACAUCAGGAUGGCACACUGCCUGUUGGCACCUGUCAUGUCUCUGGACCAACUUGCCAUAUUAAAGACCAAGGUGACUGCAGUCUCUUCCAUAUAACACAACUUAAGGAAGUCUUUGCGCUCAUGGCAAAUUGCCAAUGUGGUCCUCUUGGCUGGGCAAAGUUUAGGUAACCCCUGUAAUAGAUUUUAUCAUUUUGAGGUUCAUCUUUAUCUUUUUUUUUUUUUUCCUUUUUAUUUUUCAACUCUUGACCUGCUAGGAAGUGUUCGGUUUGACCUUCUAUCCAGUGUUUGCCAACCAUGACCACAUCAUGUUUUGAAGCCCACAAAUACAUUUGAGCAUGCUUGAUUAUAAUUUUAGAUAACUUAUGAAAUUGCUUAGAAGAGGACAGGAACGUAAACCACACACCUCAGAAAUGAUUACGCAGAACAAUUUCUCUUCAGAAAGCAAGGAUUAUGUUUUCAGUACAUUGUGGCCCUAUAUGUUGCCCAUGGACAAUCAAUAGGAUGAAGUAGAGCUCUGCAUUUUAGACUAUUAGUUACCAGCUUAAGUUUGUUGGAAGAAAGCUAUUUAGAAGUAAAGUUGAGUGCAUAUUUUUAAGUAUUUGAACAUUUCUGGAGUAAUUUUGAUCUGUAGAUUUAAAGUUAAUUGACUGUGUACUGACUCAUCUUAGUUUGAUUUUUGAUCUUACAAGAAAAUGUAAGGGGAAGGAAACUUAACUAAUGGUGAAAAAGUCCCAAAGCAACAUUAUUUCCUGUUAUGAUCUACCCUGUCCCUUAGCAGCAAUCUGUAGUGUCUGAGAAGUCUGUAAAAACAGAUUUAGACAGUAUUGUGUUGCAGAAAAGGUGGCUAAAAUAUCUGGGCAACAUGCUGGUGGCUGAUGGGUCUGUACUGACCCCACUGAAGUCACUUGCAGAAUUUCUGUUUGUUUUAACAAGGAGCAAGGUUUAGCGAUGGAACUUGCAGGCCUUAUUCAAUCAGAACUAAAAUUUACAUGCAGAUUUGGGAGCCAGAACGAGUGUAGAUUUGGGGCCUUGUAUAUAAAGACUUUAAAAUCCUGCUUUUGAAAAUUGUGAAUUUCCCUUAAAAAUGAGUGGAGGAAACUACUGGGUAUUUUUUUCUAAGGUGCAGCUUUCCUUUUGACUGGCUUAAUCCUUCAUUUCUUUGUAACAAAUACUCUUACAGAAAUUAGUCAGAAUUUUGAAUGCCUUAUCAGGCUAGUGAGAGUUUGGGUACAAAGCAACACAGGAUUAGGUUCAACUUCUGCUCUAAGCAAAAUCCGAAAUAAUUGAAGCUCAGAGUCGGUCCUUUUGCUGCUGUAAAUUGGAAGUACUGUAAUUGAAGAAGAGCAGUCAAAUAUGCUGGGAUAGCCCUUCACAUGGUGGAAGUAUUUGGUUGGCAGUGCAGCCCUUACUCAGGCAAAGCAGGGUCAUCCUGUAGCAAACAGUUAAAAUUGCCAGUUACUGUGCUGUUAAAUGUUUUCCUGAAUGUGUUUAUUUUAUUCAACAGUUAAAAUGUUCCCACCACUCAAGCUUGAAGUGGUCUGCUUUUGAAUAGACACAAAGAGUUUCGCUUGGUCAGAGGUACUGUUCUGCAGCCCCUGGGCAUGCUGUCUCAUGACUUCAUUGACCUGCUUGUAGUGAACCAGGUGAGAAGUCUUUUCUGAAGCCACUGAUCUUGGAGCAGACACUGCAUGAAGAGUCAAUGUACAGUACAGUAAAGAUAUCUACUGCUAGGUGUUCAGCUUCAGUCAUUCAUAUGUGGAUUUUCUGUUAUAAGCCAUAACUUUCUACAAGAAAGCCAAAAGUUCAAUCCCACUUUCUGUUGUAUACAUGCAACUGUGUAGAACUUGAUUAAAGCUGAUGAAAUUGCCUUGCUGUAAAACAAAAGGCAGAGUUUAGCACUCAAAAAUUUUACUCAUUAGUAUCCGUGGUAGAGGUUUUUAAGUUUAGAUAAAUGCCAAAUAAUUAGAUUGCUGAGGUAAUUCAGUAUGCAACUGUGCAUAUUAGUACAUCAAAAUUCAUAGGCUGUAUUUUCCUUUAUUUCAUACUUCUGAAAAACGAAGUCAAAGUCUUUCUGGAGUGUAUUUCCAGUCCAGCUGGAAAAUGUGUGUUUUUUUAACACUGGGGCCCAAGAGCAAAACUGACUUUCUGUUUGAUGGAGCCCUGUAUCUUGCAGUCCUUAACUUAGUGCAGCCCCUACAGAGUGAGUCCUGCAGGACUGCAUCCAUAUUGUAUAUAUAAAAUGAGAACAGAGAUAGUUUUAACUUAGGAUCGACUGAUACCUAGUGUGCCCUUUUGAAUUAACAUGUAUGGUUAGACCUGCAGAGAGCUCAGGUGCUUUUGUGGAAUACAUGGUAUUUUCAGGCAGAGUAAUUACUGGAAAGCUGUAAAAGAUCUUUUUUUUUUCCUUUUUUCUUUUUCUUUUUUUUUUUUUCCCCUGUAAUGUUCAGGGGGAGAAAUGUAACUCUUCCACAACCCCCAAGAGAAAUCUGAGAGAGCAGCCUCCACAUCAAAGCAGUACUUGUCUGAGAAAGCAAAGCCACAGCUUUGAGGUUGUGCAUUUAACAUCAGCUUGUUUAAUUUCCACCAAAUAAUUCUACAGUGUCAAGCUUCUUGGUUACCUACAAUUUUGUUUGGAGGCCACUAACUGUUCCUUCCUUGAAGCCCAGGUAAUUGUUUCAGCAGAGCUCCCCUUACCACUACUUUAAGUUGCUUUGUGACAUCUGAGAUAAGAUUUGUUGAAAAAAGUCUCAUUAAUAUGGCAGAAUUAGAGUAUUUUAAUUAAUCUUUACUUAGGAAUUUUCAUUGAAUUCAACAUUCAUGAGUAAAGCAUAAGGACCAAACUCAGGAUUUGGUCUAAUGCACAAUAUUACUAGCACUAUAGCUCUUAAUUUGGAACUAAUGGAAAAAUUAGGAUAAGAUCUAAUUCUAUGUACUUUUCUUUCCCAAAUAAGAAUUACAGAUAGAAAAUAUUUAGUGUCUAAUGAGACAUUUUCAGUACAAAAGUGUUAGCUGGUGUAUCAGAAGGUGAGCAUUACAAUGAUUUAAGGUAUUUGCCCUGUUUUGGUAUUAAGAUUAAUUUGCCACCUUCCAGAGUUCUAGAAAGAAUGUACAAACACCAACUACCUUUCAGAACAGACUGUUGGCAAAAAUAUCCGAUAAUUUUCAAGUUGUUCACUCUUAUACAUUAAUUAACUCCAAAGAGGGGGCUGGUAGCAAAUGAUACUUUGAUUUAGCUUGGUCUUGCAGGGGAUUCAAAGCAAAAUCAUGAAAGAUUGUAUUCACAUCCAUAACUUGUAGCCAGUUAUUGCAGAAGUGGAACAGAAUCAUGGCUAAUAUUAAGAAAAGUGGGAAAAAAAAUAACCACUAAUUUUUGCUCUUUGAAUAGAAUGAUUGUGGGAAGAUUGUUUUGCCUUAACCAAAGUUUAAAGAAAAAAAAAAAAAAGGUUAACUAAACUAUGAAGAAGAAAAGAGGAAAAGUAACAAAAAAAAAAAAGAACUCUUUGAAAAAGCUACCAGGUGUAUGAUGAGCUACUCUUUUUCCAGUAAGACAUCUCACUGUUACUAACUGAUCCUGCUCAGAGCAAGGGGGUUGGACUAGAUGGCUUCCAGAGGUCCCUUCCAACUACAGCGAUUACAUGGAACCUAUUUUCCUAAUCACUGAUUGCAGUAGUACAUUUUUUCACAAUAGUUUUACAAAGAUAUAAGAAAAAUAUAUCUGUCCUGUACAUAAAUGCAUCAUUUCUUUGCCAUGGGCACAGAUGUUCUGUUUUUUGUCACUGAGGUUUUUAAAUUAGUGCAGCUGUGAGUUAAUAGAAAAGAAAGUGAAGUACAGACAAUUUGAAACCACACAUUUCUUCCCUUUGUGUUUUGAUUAAAUGAAAACAGCCUGCCUGAACCUUCCCUUUAUUGAAGUGGUAUAUUUUGUCUAUGAAAAUCCAUCUAUUGCUUUUUCAUAGAUAAAAAGGUGCUCCUUGAAUUUGUUGAUCCAGGCUGCCAUUGAAAAAUGUUAACUUCUUGAAAAUAGACAGCAUGCACUGGGAAAGCAGAUGAACUGUGUUCUUCUCUGGUGUAAUUCAGAAGCCAGUGGUGUGCAAAGGGGUGCCAGGGAUUGAUUUGGCUUGGCAUAUCUGUCAUUUGUAAAGGUGCAUGGAGCUAAUUAAAUGCCUGACAUUUUGCAGCUCUUGAGAUUAUUUUCUAGUAUGAACACUUAAGUGUAGGAUCAUUAGAAUAAUUAAAGCAAGCUUUAAAAUUCAGAUCAGUACUUAGGUCCCCUUUCAGUGAUUCAUGGGACCGCCUCAGCUGAUGCAGAUUGUUGCAUUUCUCUGAGCUCCUGUGAGUUACAACAGUCUGCAAAAGCAGAGCAUUGAGCCCCCAGGUCCUUUAUAAUUUUUUCAAUACAAACACUAACAUUGUGGAUUUGA